AUGUUACCAUCCACCGGUAAAGAUCCAACCUCGCGAAGUGGCGAAAGCUAUCUCGACUAUCUCUAUGGCGGCAGUGACCUGGAGCGUGAAAGUGUAUUUAUUCCAACAACCUCAACAACUUCGACAACCUCAACUACUUCAACAUCGGCCACAACAAUGUCAACGGCCACUACACCUCGACCAUCAACUCCAUCACCACUGAAUAGUUCCAACAAUGAUAAUCCCUACUUCUUGUCCAGUCCGGCCACAUCGACAAUGGCUCAAUCACCUUUGUUGUCUUCCAGCAACAAUAGUAUAAUGUCUACAAUCAGCUUCCCCAUGAUGAACCAGGUUGAGCCGGCCGUGUUCACACAGACGACGUCGCUGCCGUCCACCACGGGCGACAACAACAUGGAGCUGAUCAAAAAGAAACUAGCCAAGGGCUUCUACGGUCUGAUGGUUGGUAUGCUUCCGCUGUGCCAGGAGAUUGACAUGCUUCGUGGCGCCACCAAGGAGAAGAAUGACAAGAUGGCUGACCUACACGACAAGAUCAACCUUGUCGUCAAGAAGAUCAACAAAGAGAAGAAGAAUAAAUUGCCAUAUCCAGUGCAAUCGGCCGAGAAGAAAGAAUACAUCGACCUAAGACCAAGAAGAAAGAGAAAGCUUGGCAUAAAGUAUAAAGAGAAUGAGGAGGAGAUACAAUGCCAGCGAUGCGGUGUUACAGAGUCGCCAGAGUGGCGUAAGGGUCCAGAUGGUUGCAAGUCACUGUGUAAUGCUUGCGGAUUGUACUUUGCCAAGACCAAAAAGAAGGAGAAAGAGAGUACCCUGAGAAAGUCCAACUCUGGUGGCAAUGCCAGCGGCGGUUCAUCUUUGGCGCCAGGCGAUGUCUCUGGAGACAGCGGUGGUGGAGACAGCGGAAUGUCAUGUCCAGGAGGUGGAGACAGCAGAAAUAAUUGUUCCAUAGGCAACUUGGUGACACAGGGCAUAAUCAAUAUCAGCCAUCUUAUUAACCAUUGGGCUUUGCCAACAGCGACCACGACGACGACCACCACGACAACUACCACCAUUGCCACUGUUCCAGCGGCUGUCAACAACAACACCGACUCCAACAACAAUGUUUUAGGUAACCAAUCAAGAUCUUCAUCUGCUAGCAAUAUGAAUGAAUCUGAUAUGAUGAAGGAUGAUCCAUUAUCAUCGUCUUCCAAUGGUGCUGGUGGUGGUGAUGGCAGUGACACCGAGGAGUGUGAUGACUAG